AUGGCAGCUAUGGUAGCUUUCUGUGGUGGUCUAGGGAGGAGAAAGUUGACGCACUUCGUGACGGCUGCGGUCUGCCUCACAGAUUCUAGAACUCAUUCAGUGCUGUGGAGAAGUUGUUCACGAUAUAAACAGGUAACCAGCAAUGAGGACCUGCCUGUUCCAAUGGAAAAUCCUUAUAAGGAGCCUCUGAAAAAAUGUAUCCUGUGUGGAAAACAUGUAGAUUAUAAGAAUGUACAGCUUUUUGUGGGAAGAAACAAAAAGAAAUCACAAAAGCAAUUAAGAGAGCUCAAAUAAUGGGGUUUAUGCCAGUCACAUACAAGGACCCAGCAUAUCUCAAAGACCCUAAAGUCUGUAACAUCAAAU